AUGCACAAUUAUCAAGAUAAUAGUUAAAAAUUCUUUUAUGAAUUAUGGAAAACUGGUAACAGAAUAUUGUGUUAAGGAAAGUUGUUAAUUGGGUAAAUAAUAAAUUUAUUGAAGUUCUGAAAAUCAUAAAUUUAUUGCAUCUAUUGUGCUAAUUACUAUACCCACAGUUUUAUAUUAUGUGUUCAUGGCACCGGUAAACAACUUUCAAUACUUAGGCAUUGGUUCAAAGAGAACAAGUUGCCUAGGUGAUCAUUUUUAUAAUUCUGAAUUGUUUAGUUUAUCUUUUCAUCACUAUUACAGUACUAAUGGAUCCAGGUAUUAUCCCGAAAAUAGUACUAAUUUAUAUAAUCAAAAAGACUACAAAAUAUGAAAUGGAUGAAUAGCUAAUUUUAAUUCCUCAAAAAUAUUUGAAGGUUGAUCCAUAAGUAUUAUUUGAAUCCAAAACUCUGUAAAUGAGAGGACAUUAAUUCAAAUUGAAAUUUUGUAACACAUGUAAAAAACCAAAUUAAUAAUUUAUAGGUGCCAUUUAUAGACCUCCUCGAGCAUCACAUUGCCCAGCAUGUGAUAAUUGUGUAUUGAGAUUUGAUCAUCAUUGUCCUUGGAUUGGAGCCUGCGUUGGAAGAAGGAAUUAUAUUUAUUUUUAUCUCUUUAUCUUCUUUCUUUCUGCUACCAUGAUUUAUGUUUUUUCCACAUGUCUUGCAUAUAUCUUUGGAGAUAUGAGUGAUGAUAAAGAUAAAGGAGAAUAGAUUAUAUCAACAUUGUCAAGAAAUCCAUAUGCAUUAGCCUUAGCAAUCUAUUGUUUCAUUGUAAAUUAAUUAGAAUAAUUCAGUUCUCCUUUUUUGUUGUUGGCUUGUGGGGAUUCCAUACAUUUUUAGUUAUAACUAAUAUGACCACAAACGAAUACUUGAAGAAACAUUGGGUCAUCUAAAGUAAGAAUCCUUUUAGAAGGUAUGUCAAUUCUUAAUUUGUAUAGAAAGAACAUCUUUAAAAAUAUCUAGCAUGUUUUAGCUUGCAUCAGAGAGGUCAAGUUUUUAGAACUUCGUCAAUAUGUUUACGAUCCCAAAAGCUAUAAUCAAGUAACAUUUAUAUAUUUAUCGAGCCAAUCACCUAAAAUCAAAUCAAUGAGAAUGAAAUUGAAAAUUUAAAUGUAGUAUGCGAUAAUCAAAAUAAUGUUGCAAGAAGAUUGUCAAAACAAACUAACGAUCAUUUGGAAGAGCAAUGA